GUUGCCCUUUUCUUUUCACCUGGCCUGCUUGUCUCCCCCUUUCUCCAGUUCCAGUCGCCACUCUUCUGAAAUUCCGCCUCAUCCGCAUCCGCCCCCCCUCUACUCCCUCCCACCAGCUAUGGACUCCCCCGCCGUCCCCGCCCCGCUGGAUCCGAGAGAGCAGCCAAUCCUCGAGCGUCUGCUGCGCACUCGGGAUGCGCUUCUCUUGCUCAAGCAGGACAAGUCCUCGUAUAUCAAGUCCCGCGACGUCCUUCCCCUAUAUGAAGAGGUAGUGGCCGAGGUGGAGAAGCUCAAUGCCGCGCGCAAGGAACAGGACCGCCGGCGAGCACAUAACCGACUGGACUAUGUUCUCGAUGAUUGUUUCCAGCUCAUCUCACUGCUUUUUCUGACGGUCGGUCGGAACAACGAAGCACCCGCGGUGUAUUCCCUUGCGACAACUGUCCAGCGUCUUCUCGAUCACCUUGAAGAGGCCGGCUUCUACAGCUCCAAAGACCUGAUCUCGAUCACCAAAACCCUUGCGAACAUGAACGAAACCCUCGAACGAUGCCGCCAAGCCUACUCACCCGCCCUGAUUACCCUGCUCGAAAGCCGCCUGGAGAAAUGCCAAUUGCUGUUGGAAAAGUUGCAGAGUGGACUGGCCAAGCUAGGCCCGGAACUGGCGGCUACACAUGAGACGCUGGUGUCUAUCUUGCGGUCGACCUCGGCUGUUAAUACGCGCUCCAAGUUUUCUUCUUUUGAGGUCAAUGGGCUUCGUACCCAGUUGAAGAAGCUUGAGGACGGAAUGAAGGACGGGAAAUUUGUGAAUGCCGAGGGCGCGCCACUCCCUGGCGCCCAGGAAGACGUCUUGCUGCUGAAGGAACGGUGUUGGAUCUGGACUGAGCUUGUCCUGGAGCGGUAUGCUGGGAUGCCUGCGCAAUGGAGAUAUCGUGCUAAUUGUCGCAGACAAGGGAAGAUCGACGAGCGUUUCAAGGAGCAGUACGACCGGCUGAUUGAGAUCCGCAACCAGCUGGACCGGCUUGCCGUGACACAGGCCUGGUCGCUCCGUGAGACGGAUUUGUUUGGCUACCAGCGGAAACUGGACCGGAUUGACGAGGCGCGCGUGAACGGCAACUUUGUGGAUGCGGAGGACAAUGCGGCGGACAUUCACGCGCAGCGGACAUUACUGUACCUGAUCCGGCGGAGCUAUGGGUACAUCUAUGCGCUGUUGAUCUCGUCAGAACCGGUGUCGGAGGCGCUCUUGCCGGUAUACAACCAGCUACAGACACUGCGAAAAUGCCUGCUAGAGGUGCAGGAAUCGGGGGGCGUGUCGAAUUCGCGCGAACUCUACCCGUACAGCAUGAAGCUCAAUUCGAUUGACAACAUGCGCGUGGACGGAAAAUUCUACGUGGGUAGCGACAUCCCCGAAGGGCAAGGAAGCGUGAAUGCGCUACUGGCGGAAUGCUACGACAUUGUGUGGGAGUUGCGGGCAGCGGUGGACGAGGAGGACCGGACGGGAUAGAUGAGGGAUGGGAGAUCAUUUAACUGUACUAAUGAGGUUGGCGGGAGGAUCUUGUAUUCUGGGGACCCCGGCUUUUUUUGGACGGCGUUUGGAGUUGCUAAGGAGUAGUGUGAGGGAAUGGAAUGAAUUGAACUUUGCUGAAACUUUGCUGGAAAUUUGCUGAUGAAACUUUGCGGAAACCUGAAGCGAUCCCUGCCGGCCUGGAAGGAUGACAGAAUGACAUCACUCCGCUCCGCCCCGCCCGCCCCACAUCCCACAUGCCCUCCACUUCUUUCU